GCCCGUCGGUGUUGUGCGCUGGUGUGUUCGUCCCGUUUUCAUUCAUUCAGUCCGUUGCGAGCAUUCCUCCGUUCUCCGUCUGACCGUUGGUUCGUGUCGUGUUCUCUCGAGUGGAACCGUGUGUGUCACCACAUACUCACACACACGCAGACGUGCGCGCGUUCGCACACAGACCACUACCACCACCACCAUCAGCCUGCGGGCUCGCCGAGGGUCUAGUAGUCUGUUUUGUGUGUUUCGAACGUCGAACGCAACCGUCCUCCAGUGCUCGGUUCGGGCGGUCGGCCACCGUUUCAUUUGCGGUCUCGCAAAGAGGCGAAGAGAAAAGUGUGUGUGUGCGUGUGUUUCCAAAUCCAAAUCAAUUGCAGCUGCUUCGAAUUGGCCUGCAAUUGCUGCACCGACUGUAUGCACUUUGAUUGUGACGGAAUGGUGCAGCCCCGUAGCAUUCUUUCGCACGAGACGUGAGCAACCACAAUCCCUUCAUCACAAACACCGUUCGUCCGUCGCUUGCUGUGCAUGGGAACGCAGUCCGAGUCUCUUGUGUGUAUGUGUGUUUGUGCCAAUGAGAAGGUGUGUAGGGGAGUGUAGCGUUGCUGUCGCCGUUGUGAAUGAGCAGUGUGUGCAUUGACUGUGUAGAAAGUGGCCGUAGAAAACUGAAGAGGCAAUUUCGAGGGAAUUGGAAAACAACGGGCCUUGUGCCGGAAGCCAAAACUGCCACCGGCGCGCGUUUGUGUAUAUGUGUAUGUGUGUGUGCGUUUGUGCGUCCGGUCCCAUCCGGAUCCGUGUUUUCAGCGGUGAUCGCGUCCGACAGUGAUCCCCGCUUUGCCGCUGGCUGGCUGGCUGGCUGGCCCCAAUCUUCCCGGAGUGUUGUUGGGCGCACAGCAGUGUGUGACGUUUACACUUUGCUACCGUUUCUGCCAGACGGCGGAAAAAGUGAAAAGAAGGAAAGAAAAUGUAACAAAGCGUACGUGAGAGCGAGCGUGAGAAAGAGAUAGAGCGAGAGUGAGUGCGUGUGCAAUUGCGAUCGCGUUUGAUCGUGUGUGCUCUGAGCGAGAGAGAGAGAAAGAGAGCAAAGGAGAAGGAAGAGGUGCAUUUUUUGAUCGACCCUUUUUGCACAAUACUCUGUAAGCUCUGUGUGUGUGUGUGUUUUGUGCGUGAGUGUUGAAUGUUGGUAAAAUAGAAGAAACAGGGGCGGGGGACAAGAGAAGCAUCCCCUAAUCCCCGGAUCAUAUUCGCAAAGCAAAGCGGAAGAAGGCAAAACAACAACGAAGGAACGUCAUUUAGAAGUUGGUGUUGUGUGUUAUUUUCUGUGCGUUAAGUGGUGAAGGAAUUCCCUGGCGGCAGAGCGAGAGAGAGCGAACAAAGGCGAAGCAGCGCAGCAGCCUCGAUCGAGCGCGCGAGUGAACGAGAGGGAGCAUCGCGCGCGCGGAGGAGCGCCCUCGGAACACAACACACACUCAUCUCAAAUGGCGGAUUCAUAUUAUCAGGGCGAUUACAUCAAGCAUCCCGUGCUGUACGAGCUGAGCCACAAGUACGGCCUGCCGGACAAUGUGUCCGAGCAGCUGCUGCCGGACCGGCUGGAGGAGAUCAAGGAGGCGAUCCGGCGCGAGAUCCGCAAGGAGCUCAAGAUCAAGGAGGGCGCCGAGAAGCUGCGCGAGGUCGCGACGGAUCGCCGCUCGCUCUCCGACGUGGCCUCGAUCGUGAAGAAAAGCAAUAACAAGCUGGCCGAGCUCAAGUCGGAGCUGCACGAGCUGGAAAGCCAAAUCAUCCUCACACAGGGCAACAGUGUCAGCAACAAUGGUGGCCACGAUCCAAUCCUGUCCACCGUCAUCCCGAGCGGGCCAGAGUUUACCGCCAACGAUAAGCUGCUCAUAUCGCUCGAGAAGCAGCUCAGCAUUGAGACGAAGGUGAAAAACGGCGCCGAAAACAUGAUCCAAUCCAUCUCCAGCGGACACCACGGUCGCGAUAAGAAGCUACUGGCCGAGGCACACCAGAUGCUGGCCGACUCGAAGGCGAAAAUCGAAUACCUCCGGCUGAAGAUACUGAAGGUGCGCCAGAACAAGCUCAGCAGCAAGGGCUCGGAGGAGAAUGGCGGCGAGUCGGCAAACGCGGCCAAACAGCCGCAGGAGCUGGAAACGUCGCUGGACGAUCGCAUCGAGGAGCUGCGCCACCGGCUGCGGAUCGAGGCGGCCGUUGUGGACGGUGCGAAGAACGUUAUCCGCACGCUCCAGAGUACAAAGACAAUCGAUAAAAAGGCCCUGCAAGAGGCUCAAGGUCGCCUGUCGGAAUCAUCGCGCAAGCUCGACCUGCUGCGGAAAGCGCUCGAGCUCCGGCGGCUGGAACUUCCCCCGGACUGUCCGACGGCACAGCAGCUGAAAGCGGAGCUGCAAAAUGUGCAAGCGUCCAGCCCGGGCCCGGUCCAGUACACGAUGCGCAACUCGUUCCGGGGCAGCGCCCAGGGCCGGCCCGCCCACAGCCAGCAGUCGUUUAGCCGGUGUGCGGCCGUCACCGGCAAGCUGGAGGUGCGGCUGAUGGGCUGCCAGGAUCUGCUCGAGGACGUGCCGGGGCGAUCGCGCCGCGACAAGGACGCCGGCUCGUCCAGCCCGGGCGAUCUGAAAAGCUUCGUCAAGGGCGUCACCAGCCGCAGCUCGUCCAAAAGCUACAGCGUGAAGGACGAAACGUCGUCCGAGAUCAUGGCGGUGAUCAAGCUGGACAACAUCACGGUCGGCCAGACGUCGUGGCGCCCGUGCUCGCAGCAGGCCUGGGACCAGCGGUUCAGCAUCGACUUGGACCGGUCGCGCGAGCUCGAGAUCGGCGUGUACUGGCGCGACUGGCGGUCGCUCUGUGCGGUCAAGUUCCUGCGCCUGGAGGAGUUUAUCGACGACAUACGGCACGGUAUGGCGCUGCAGCUGGAACCGCAGGGCGUCCUGUUCGCCGAGAUCAAGUUCCUCAACCCGAUGAUCUCGCGCAAGCCGAAGCUCCAGCGCCAGCGCAUGAUCUUCAACAAGCAGCAGGUGAAGAACAUUCCGCGCGCCAAGCAGAUGAACAUUAACGUGGCGACCUGGGGCCGGCUGCUGAAGCGCAACACGACCAGCAGCGGCAGCAGCAGCGGCCCGACGACGGCCGGUGCAGCUGGAGCCGGUACGCCCUUGCCGGGCAGCGCAACGGCCCCGAUGACGGGUAUGAUGGCAAACCAAACGCAACAUGGGUCGGCGGGCGCAACCACUCCCUCCACGCCCGGCUCGUACGAUCCGCUGCAGGACGAUCCGGUGGAAACGCUGGGCGAAUCGGCCGACCACAACGUCGUCGGACUCGGCGGUGGACGUCCUCUCGGUAUCCACGGAGUCGGCGUACUGCCGGAAAGCCCCUCGUCCCACUCCCUGCAGAACCAGGGCACGCCGAUGGUGGGGCGGCCCGUUCCACCGCCACAGUCCAUCAGCACGCCGUCCAGCUUCCGGCAGCCGAAAAAGCAACCGAUGCCAUCACCGCGGCAAGCGACACCACCAAAAAUCGAUCCCGAGUUGGAGUACGCGUUAAGCAAGUUCGAUUUCCUUCACCAGCACGAUAGUCUUGGUGGUGUUAGUUUGUACGAUAAACAGCCACCGUUGCCGGUAACACCGCCACCGUCAUCAACAGUCGCCAGCAGUGGAUAUAUAAACAAUUGUGAUAGCACCAACAACAACAACAACAACAACAGCAGCAACUACAUCGAAGAUGACGAAGUGCCACCGUUGCCAGUCACGCCGCCCCCAGUGCUUCGUGCCACCAGCCAAAUUAGUCAGCCGGCGGGCGCGCUGGCGGCCGGGGCAACCUCACCAGCAGUAUUACAAAAGUCCCUGUCCGGGGAUCUACUACGUCCGGUGCUGUCGAUGCCACCGCCCGUACUGUACGGCGGCGGGUACAAUCGGGACAGCUACUACAGUACGGUCUCGUCCACGGGCAGCCCGAUCGUGGAGGAACCACCGUCGCCGGCCCCUAGUCAGUACCAGCAGCAGUACGCACCGUUCCCGGAGGAUGAUCUUACGUACGACAACAUCAUUGAGAUCCUUCCGUUCGAACAGCUCACGAUCGGAGGCAAUGUGGUGCCACCGCCACUGCCACCCCAUCACCAUCAUCCGUCGGCCACGUUGAUGAGCCAGCAGGCAUCGCUUGCUGCGGCGGCCGCCCUCCAAGCGCAACAGCAGCAGCAACUCUAUCAGCAGCAGCAGCAGCAGCAGCUUCUACUACAACAGCAGCUGCAGCAACAGCAACAGCAACCAGUAGCAGUAGUACCACCUUCCCUGUUGGCCCACCAACAUGCUGCCGCCGCCGGUCAAGCAUCCAGUUCCGGCAUGGUUGACGUUGGUGCCGCAUCGGGCGCCGUCGGUCCGCCGGUGAAUCGACGUCCGGCCGGUGGACCGGCCCGUGCCCUCCAAUAUCGGGACAGUGCGUACGAGAGUCGCCGCCAGUCGCAGGCGGGAGCGAUGGCGGGUGCACCGGGCGCCGGCAUGUGCAUGGACAGCUUCCGGCUGCUGAGCGUGCUGGGGCGGGGCCACUUCGGCAAGGUGAUACUGGCGCAGUACAAACACACGGGCGAAUAUUUCGCGAUCAAGGCGCUGAAGAAGGGCGACAUUAUUGCGCGCGACGAGGUGGAAUCGUUGCUGAGCGAGAAGCGCAUCUUCGAGGUGGCGAACACGAUGCGCCACCCGUUCCUGGUGAACCUGUUCUCCUGCUUCCAGACCGAUCAACACGUCUGCUUCGUGAUGGAGUACGCGGCCGGCGGUGAUCUGAUGAUGCACAUCCACACGGACGUGUUCUCGGAACCGAGGGCCGUCUUCUACGCGGCGUGCGUCGUGCUCGGUUUGCAGUAUCUGCACGAAAGCAAAAUCAUCUACCGCGAUCUAAAGCUGGACAAUCUUCUGCUGGAUACGGAAGGUUAUGUAAAGAUCGCUGACUUUGGUUUGUGCAAGGAGGGCAUGGGUUUCGGCGACCGGACGGGUACGUUCUGCGGUACGCCCGAAUUCCUCGCCCCGGAAGUGUUGACCGAAACGUCCUACACGCGUGCCGUCGACUGGUGGGGUCUGGGUGUGCUGAUCUUCGAGAUGCUCGUCGGAGAGUCACCAUUCCCGGGCGAUGAUGAGGAGGAAGUGUUUGAUUCGAUCGUCAACGAUGAGGUUCGCUAUCCCCGGUUCCUGUCGCUCGAAGCAAUCGCCAUUAUGAGAAGGUUGCUGCGUAAGAAUCCGGACCGUCGGCUCGGGUCGUCCGAACGCGAUGCCGAGGACGUGAAGCGGCAGGCCUUCUUCCGCAACAUUGUCUGGGACGACCUAUUGCUCAAGAAGGUGAAGCCACCGUUUGUGCCAACGGUUCGUUCCGCGGAAGAUGUGUCCAACUUUGACGAGGAAUUCACGUCCGAAAAGCCCGCCCUAACGCCACCGAAGGACCCGCGCGUGCUCACCGAGGUGGAGCAGACGUACUUCAAGGACUUUACCUACAUGGCCGAUUGGUGUUGAGAGAGAGAGAGAGAGAGAGAGAGAGAGAGAGAGAGAGAGAGAGAGAGAGAGAGAGAGAGAGAGAGAG